CAAACAGCACUGCUUCAAGAUACCGCAAUGUCUCUCUCCAACAAACUCUCCAUCUCUGACGUCGAUCUCAAGGGCAAGCGUGUUCUUGUUCGUGUCGACUUCAACGUACCCCUCGACUCCAAUGCCAAAGUGACGAACCCCCAACGCAUUGCCGGUGCCGUCCCCACCAUCAGGCAUGCUAUCGAUGCGGGCGCUAAAGCUGUGAUCCUCAUGUCGCACUUGGGUCGUCCUGAUGGCAAGCCCAACUCCAAGUACAGCCUCAAGCCCGUGGUUCCCGAGCUAGAGAAGCUCCUUGGCAAGAGCGUCAUCUUCACCAAUGACUGCGUAGGCAAGGAGGUCGAGGAGACUGUCAACAAGGCAGACAAUGGACAGGUCAUUUUGUUGGAGAACCUGCGAUUCCACGCUGAGGAGGAGGGCAGCUCCAAGGACGCCGAGGGCAACAAGGUCAAGGCGGAUAAGGGAGCUGUGGAUGAGUUCAGGAAGGGCUUGACCAAGCUCGGAGACAUCUACAUCAACGAUGCCUUCGGUACUGCUCACCGCGCUCACUCCUCCAUGGUCGGCAUCGACCUCCCCCAGAAAGCCUCUGGCUUUCUCGUCAAGAAGGAACUCGAGUACUUCGCCAAAGCCCUCGAAAGCCCAGCCCGCCCCUUCCUCGCUAUUCUCGGUGGCGCCAAAGUCUCCGACAAAAUCCAACUCAUCGACAACCUCCUCGACAAAGUCAACACGCUCAUCAUCUGCGGCGGCAUGUCCUUCACGUUCAAGAAGACGCUCGAGAACGUCAAGAUCGGAACCUCGCUCUUCGACGAAGCGGGCUCCAAGACGGUCGGCAACCUCGUCGAAAAGGCCAAGAAGAACAACGUCAAGAUUGUUCUUCCAGUCGACUACAUCACUGCUGAUAAGUUCGCCAAAGAUGCUGCUGUCGGCUACGCAGAGGAUAAAGACGGUAUCCCCGAUGGCUGGAUGGGUCUCGACUGCGGCGAGAAAUCCAUCAAGCUCUACAAGGAAGCCAUUGAUGAGGCCAAGACCAUCCUCUGGAACGGCCCCGCCGGUGUCUUUGAGUUUGACAACUUCGCCAAUGGCACCAAGAAGACGCUUGAUGCCGCCGUUGCCGCUGCCCAGAACGGCAAGAUUGUGAUUAUUGGCGGUGGUGAUACUGCGACUGUGGCGGCCAAGUACGGCGUCGAGGAUAAGCUGUCACACGUUUCGACCGGCGGCGGUGCGUCGUUGGAGUUGCUCGAGGGCAAAGAUCUCCCUGGUGUUUCGGCUUUGUCGAGUAAGUAG